AUGUCGGAUUCUAAAGCUUCAGUUCUGAAGAAGGAGGUGCAGCAAGAGCCAUCUCCAUCAACUGUGGUCACCCCCGAGCCAAGAACUGUCGGCACCGGCGCCGGCGCCGGCAGCGGGGUCCUACGGCGGUGGAAGAGGGAAGAUUUGCUCAAGAGAGGCUCGCUAUGGUUGAGAGGAAUUGCUUUGCUUUUCUCUUUGAUUUCGUUCAUUCUCGUAGCCAGCAACAAUCAUGGUGAUUGGAGAAACUUCGUUAAGUAUGAAGAAUACAGGUAUUUGCUGGCAAUAGCAAUUAUAUCCAGUUUGUACACUGGAGGUCAAGUGUUUCGUCAAGCUCUUGAGCUUUCAACUGGACAAACCCUGCUUCAGUCAAGAACUUUAGCAUUCAUUGAUUUUGUUGGAGAUCAGGUUGUGGCAUAUCUCUUGAUAUCAUCAACUUCUUCAGCGAUUCCAAUGACGAAUAGAAUAAGGGUAGUGGCAGACAAUAUAUUUACAGACACUUCAGCUGCAGCCAUUAGCAUGUCCUUCUUUGCCUUUUUGUGUCUAGCAAUAUCAGCCAUCAUAUCAGGACACAAACUAUCAGCUCAAACUGAUAUCUGA